AAAGGUGUUAUUUCAAAAACUGGCGGCAGCUGAACGUUGAUUGCUUUCAGUGUAUAACUCUUGUGUCUUUCUAUUGAGACGGUUAUUAUUUACAAAGUGUUUCAACGACAUCCACGUUCUGCUUUUCAUUCAUAUUUUGUCCCUGUGCUUCCUCGUCACAGUGUUUCUGCAUCAUGACAGCGAAGUAUGACAGAGCAAUUACAAUAUUCUCUCCCGAUGGUCAUCUUUUCCAAGUAGAAUACGCUCAAGAGGCAGUUAGGAAAAGUUCGACUGCAAUUGGUGUCAGAGGAAAAAACUGUGUUGUAUUGUGUGUUGAAAAGAAGGCAUCAACUAAGCUACAAAAUGACAGAACCGUAAGAAAAAUUGCCCUUCUUGAUGAUCACGUCGCAGUGGCCUUUGCAGGGCUCAUCGCUGACGCUCGUGUUUUGAUAAGUAGGAUUAGAGUGGAAUGCAAAAGUUACAAAUUGACCGUUGAGGAUCCAGUUUCUUUGGAAUAUAUUGCAAGAUACACGGCUCAGUUAAAGCAAAAAUACACUCAGAGUAAUGGUCGUCGGCCUUUUGGCGUAUCGACUUUAAUAUGUGGAUUCAACCAAGAUGGUACACCACAUCUAUAUCAGACCGAUCCAUCCGGUACUCAUGUUGAGUGGCUGGCUAACGCCAUUGGUAAAAAUGCAAAAGUAGCACGGGAAUUCUUAGAAAAGAACUACACUGAAGAUGCUGUAUCAGAUGAAUUUGGAACUGUGAAGCUUGCAGUUAAAGCCCUUAUGGAAGUAGUUCAGUCAGAUGCUAAACACAUGGAGUUAGGCGUAAUGAGAUGGAAAGCACCGACAAAACCCGGGGAUCCUUUUGUUGACUGGCAAAUGCUGGAUAAUACUGAUAUCCAAAAAUAUGUUCAAGCCAUUGAAAAAGAACGAGAAGAAGAAGCAGAGAAAAAACGUCAGAAGAAAGAAGCAGCCGCAGCGUCAUGACUUACAACCGGUAAUUAAGAAAAGAAAGCUGUACAGCUGUGAUUUUGAUAUAUACACACACAUGAUGAAAAUAUAUUUGAUUUUACUAUAAUUUACUAUAGAAUAGCUGUUUUGCUAGCGAAGGUGAGGGUAUAGCGUAUUCAGUAAUCAUUAUUUUCAUCACUAAUACCUCCAUGGAUUAUUGACUGGCUGACUGACUGG